AUGAGGCUGGUUGGGGUGGGCGCGUGUUACAUGGACACCAUCUUGAGCGUACCAUACUACCCAGCCGAGGAUGAGAAGCUCCGAGCCACAAACAUCCAUCGUCGCCGCGGAGGCAAUGUGCCAAACACUCUAGAGGUCCUCCAACAGCUGGUCAGCGCCAGCAGCGGCAGCGAACACAAACCUCAGCUGUACCUCUGCUCCGUCAUGCCGGCACUCUCGUCAGUUGGAUCUAGCGAGAUCAAGGCCUCAUUUGGCCCGAGCGUAGACCUGUCGCACUGUUUAUACCGUGAUGCACACUCCGAGCCAGCGUCCAGCUACAUCAUCAAGAGCUCCUCGGCUGACAGCAGGACCAUCGUGAACUACAACGACCUGCCAGAAAUGACAUGUGCUGAGUUCAUAGCCAUGUCGGACUCUUUCGACGAUGAAGCAACCUGGUAUCAUUUUGAAGGCCGGAUUCCAGACGUCACUCUUCAGUUUAUGCGACAUCUUCGCCAAAAUCACCCCACCGUGAGACUCAGCGUCGAGGUGGAAAAGCCAGGCCGGCCCGGUCUCGAAUCGCUGGCGGCCCAGGCUGACGUCGUGUUCUACUCCAAGAGCUGGUCUCGCGAACGCGGGUACCCCGACGCUAUUGCUUGUGUGCGAGACCAGGCUCGUAUAGCUAGAAAGGCGUCUCAUCUGUUUUGCACAUGGGGAGAGGCCGGCGCUACUGCAUUCGACGUCAAGCACCAAGAGAUAUACAAUCAACGAGCCGCCUCAAUAGCUGCCGUUACAGACACCAUUGGAGCCGGCGAUACAUUCAUUGCCGGAGUUCUCUACGGGAUGCUCUGGCGAGAUCACGACUGGGACGUUUCACGAGUUCUCGAGUUUGCGAGCACUCUUGCCGGAUGCAAGAUUGCACAGGAAGGCUUCCAAGGCCUGGGCGAUCGUAUGCGCAUCUCCGGUGCUAUCCCGGCAUAG